UACACACACACCUGAAUAGCUUUUUAUUUUUAGCAACCCCCCCAUGCUAGCCACUUUCCUUUCCUCUCUAACCCUUCCUUGGGGAAAAGAAGGUGGAGAGUCCCUCAAUCCUCCCGGGAACGAGAUUGACUUUGCCGGGCUCGGAGUCUACGUGAGGCCGAGGAUUUUGCGGCCUGCAUCACUCUUGGUGUCUGCUGAGAAAGCGCCGCAGCUGCUCCCCCCCUCCUCCUCCAGCGGUCCCUCCUUCUCUCCCUCCCUAUCUUCUCCUUGUAGCAAAAAGGCCCCGCAACUGGCUAGGCAGAAGUGGAGCCUAGCCGAUCCACCACAGGUGAGACCGCGUCCCGUGUUCCACUGAGGAAAAAGAGACUCACUUCCCUCCGUCGUCCUUCCAGGCCGUGGCUGGCUGAUGAGCAGGCCGGUUUUCUUUCCUCUCUCGCUCGUAGGCCUCGGGGGCUGGGGAAGAGGUGUCUCUGGAAUUGCCGAGCAGAUAUGAUGGAAGAACUGCAUAGCCUGGAUCCACGACGGCAGGAACUGUUGGAGGCCAGAUUCACUGGAGCAGGAGUGGCAAAGGGUCCCUUGAACAGUGAAUCUUCUAAUCAGAGUUUGUGCAGCGUGGGCUCUCUGAGUGACAAGGAGCUGGAGACUCCUGAAAAAAAGCAGAAUGAUCAGCGCAGUAGAAAGAGGAAAGCUGAACCUUUUGAGACCAGUCAAGGCAAAGUCACUCCAAGGGGACAUAAAAUUAGUGAUUAUUUUGAGUUUGCUGGUGGAAGUGGUCCAGGAACAAGCCCUGGAAGAAGUGUGCCAACAGUUGCACGAUCAUCACCACAGCAUUCCUUAUCAAAUCCCUUGCCUCGGCGUAUGGAGCAGCCGCUUUACGGGGUAGACAACAGCACAGCCAAGGAACUUCAGGAAGAGCAUUCUGCUCUGCCAACGCUGGUGUCUGCAAUGCUGGCGAAACAGCGGCUAGAAGGCGAGCAGCUGGCCCAGAGGGGUACAAGCCUCUGUUUUCCAUUUACUUCGGCUCAGCAAGGCAGUCCUUCUUCAACAGGUUCGGGGAACACAGAGCAUUCUUGCGCCUCCCAAAAACAGAUUUCCGUCCAGCAUAAACAGACACAGUCUGAUCUUACAAUGGAGAAAAUAUCGGCACUAGAAAACAGUAAAAACUCUGAUCUGGAAAAGAAAGAAGGAAGGAUAGAUGACUUAUUAAGAGCAAACUGUGACUUAAGGCGACAGAUAGAUGAACAACAAAAAAUGCUUGAGAAGUACAAAGAACGGUUAAAUAGAUGUGUGACAAUGAGCAAGAAGCUGCUUAUAGAAAAGUCAAAGCAGGAAAAAAUGGCAUGCCGAGAUAAAAGUAUGCAAGAUCGGUUACGGCUGGGUCAUUUUGCAACAGUCCGGCAUGGGGCCUCCUACACUGAGCAGUGGACAGAUGGCUAUGCUUUCCAGAACCUUAUCAAACAACAAGAAAGGAUAAAUUCCCAAAGGGAAGAUAUAGAAAGGCAACGGAAAAUGUUAGCAAAACGGAAGCCACCUGCCAUGGGGCAGGUCCCUCCAGCAACAAAUGAGCAGAAGCAGCGCAAGAACAAGACCAAUGGAGCAGAAAAUGAGACGUUAACAUUAGCAGAAUAUCAUGAACAAGAGGAAAUAUUCAAGCUCCGGCUAGGUCAUCUUAAAAAGGAAGAAGCAGAAAUUCAGGCAGAACUGGAGCGGUUAGAGAGGGUUAGAAAUCUGCAUAUCAGGGAAUUGAAAAGGAUACAUAAUGAGGAUAACUCUCAAUUUAAAGACCACCCAACACUAAAUGACAGAUACUUAUUGCUGCAUCUCCUGGGGAGAGGUGGAUUUAGUGAAGUAUAUAAGGCGUUUGAUUUAACGGAACAGAGAUACGUAGCUGUAAAAAUUCACCAGUUAAAUAAAAACUGGAGGGAUGAAAAGAAAGAGAACUACCACAAACAUGCAUGUAGAGAGUACAGAAUCCAUAAAGAGCUGGAUCAUCCUCGUAUAGUUAAGCUGUAUGACUAUUUCUCAUUGGACACUGACUCGUUUUGUACAGUGUUAGAAUACUGUGAGGGGAACGAUCUGGACUUCUACCUGAAACAGCACAAAUUAAUGUCAGAGAAAGAAGCCCGGUCUAUAAUCAUGCAGAUUGUGAAUGCAUUAAAAUAUUUAAAUGAAAUCAAGCCACCCAUUAUUCACUACGAUCUCAAGCCAGGUAACAUCCUCUUGGUAAAUGGUACCGCAUGUGGUGAAAUUAAGAUAACUGACUUUGGCCUCUCAAAGAUCAUGGACGAUGACAGCUACAACUCAGUCGAUGGCAUGGAGCUGACAUCACAAGGGGCUGGCACUUACUGGUAUCUGCCACCAGAGUGUUUUGUUGUUGGGAAAGAGCCUCCAAAGAUUUCCAAUAAAGUUGAUGUUUGGUCAGUGGGAGUAAUUUUCUACCAGUGUCUUUAUGGAAGAAAGGCUGAAAGCCUAAUGCCAUCUACUUGGAAAGAGUAUCCUCCAAACAAGAAGAUUCCAAAACUGACCAAGGAGACGCAUCUAAGUGGGAAAGAGCAAUAUUUGCCUUUUGGCCAUAAUCAAUCUCAACAAGAUAUUCUGCAGGAGAACACAAUCCUUAAAGCUACAGAGGUGCAGUUUCCUCCAAAGCCAGUGGUAACGCCAGAAGCAAAGGCAUUUAUCAGACGCUGUCUGGCAUACCGGAAGGAAGAUCGGAUAGAUGUCCAGCAGUUGGCUUGUGAUCCCUACUUGCUUCCUCACAUCCGCAAAUCUGUAUCAACAAGCAGCCCAGCUGGGGCUGCUAUUGCCUCAACCUCUGGAUCCUCUAAUAACAGCUCCUCAAACUGAGCAGGAACAAUAGGCCAUAUAUAUAUAUAUAUAUAUAUAAAUAUAUAUAUAUACACACACACAGAACUGCAGAAAGAAACCAAGAGAGUCAGACACGUUUUGAGAAUGCAGCCUUGGGAUCAGCAAGGAGUCCACAAAAUGGCCUCAAGAAACCGGUAUCGGGUUCUUUGUUUUUCUCUUGCGUUCUUGUCCCAUCCGUAGAACAAGGCAUCAUCGAUUCUCAGCAAGGAUGUGAGGCAACUUAAGUCAAGCUAAGUGGCCAAGGAAGAGGAGUUGGUUCGUCUCGUGCUGAGCAACUGCAAAGGCGCUAAUCGCUCUGGGCAGUGGAGGAAAAGAUGGUUCCAUGUACUGUGAACGUCCAAACAACACGGACCCAGGGUGUGGUUCCAUGACACAGGGUGCACACACUUUGUGUGGAGAAUUGUGGACUUGGCGGCAGGGUAAAGAGGCUGGACUUAGUCCAUUGUCAAUAUUUAAAAUAUGUUCUUUUCUUUCAAAUUUUAGACUACAUCUCAUUGGAGGGAAGGGGAAGAAACCACAGAGCUCAGUGCUGUGAGGUUCCGCUGGUGGGAUUGGCAUAGGAAUCUUCUACCCUUUGAAAGGGAGCCAAGGAUCCUGCUUGCUGACAGCACCAGCAUUAACAUGUUAUCCCAAAUAAUUUCAAUUUUAAAGUAACAAUUUUAUUGGGUUUUUUUUCUGGUUAUAAGAUAAACUAACUUGCAGGUCAAUGUGGCAGCCCUUCCUGCUUCUCCCUAGAUUCUGUGUGUCAGGGGUGAGUUAUAAUGCAGAGAUUGCAUUAAAGCUGUGAGCAUAAAUUCCUCUUUCUCCACCCCCACAACCUGCACACACAAAAGCUGCUUUUUGGCAGGCACUUGACAGUUGUUUCCCCUUCUGCACCCCCAAAUAAAUCUUAAGAGUUUCUUCUUUUUAAGUCUUUUCUCAUUUGGUUCUCUGACCCAUUCACUUGAGUCUGUUUAGUACUCUUUAACAGACGCACAGAUGCUGGCUCUGGCAAAACACUCUAGUGAAAGCACCUUCUCUUUUUUCUUUCCCCCUCCCUUUUUAAACAUUUCCUUUCUGUACUGUCUGCUGCAUCCUCAAGAACAAGCAGACUUCUGAACUUAAAUCUUCCCAAAUCUUUUAUCCAUAAAAAGGGUUGGGGUGGUUUGUUUUUUAAUCCUUGACUUUUUUAUCUUUAAGAAAAACAUUAAAACCAAAGAAGAAUCCAGUUGCUAGAAACUUGUGGCAGAAUGCUAUUCCCACAUAUGGCCAAAAUGAUGUAUGUUGGAAAUACUUUAAGCUGGUCAGGCCCAGCCGCGUCUUCAGUUCUUUAUCCACAACAGAUGAUUCUCAGUUCUUACUCCUUCCCUUCCUACUGGCAGUGGUGCACAUGGAAGCAGCAGGGCAAGGCAAGGGGGACCAAGCCAUAUUCAGAUUUAGGCAGACAAGUGUGGGGAAAGCAAACCUGGGAAACAGAGACUGUAUGUACAUGUGUAUGUGCACUCGCCUCUAGUUACUUCUGCAGAUCAGGUGGGUAGGGCCUGGAUGCUGUGCGUGUACGCCAUCCCGCCUUCCCUAACAGUUCAACCACCAGGAUCAAUGUACUGUUUGGUCAUAGGUGAACCAUUCUUCAUUUUAAAUGUCAUUAAAUGAGUCUGCAAGAGGAAGUAAGGAGAUUGAUAUGUCAUUAUCACAACUAAAGGCACUGUAAAAAGGGGUCAUGAUGCUUAAUUUAAACAAGUCCACAACCCAGCUGCCAUGACAGUAAUUUGGGGAUUGUGGGAUGUUUCCCCUGACUAUAAUGAGCUGUGCCUCAGAACUAGAGGAGUGGCUUUUUGUUUUGUUGCAAGUCAUGAUCCCUGCACCCCCCGCUCCCCGCAAUCUGGAUGGAAGAGCUAAUAUUUAGACCCCUUCUAUUGGGCACAGAAAGUAGGUAAAAUCUGUCCAGAUAGAGAAGCACACCAGUGGAUUCUCCAGGGUCUCUGGGGGGCUUCUGGUAGAGCUUCUCCCCCACCACCCACUCACUCUCUCUCCCUCUGAGCAAAUAAUAUGCCUCUCGAAGCAUGUAUGAAUUAAUAAAACCUAUGUUUCAUCAUCUCUUUUUGCCCAGCCUCCCUUUCUCAUUAAAGAAAACCAGCAUGCAUGUUUGUUCCUUUUAGGGUUUGGCCAUGCCAGUGUUACUCAUAGCUCUUUAAUCAACUUGCAGCUUGGAGCCACACAGGAACUGGCAAAAUGCAGAGGCAGUUGCUAUGGUAGUAUACAGCUGCUGUGUACUUGCUAGGGACAAUAAAUGUUGUUCCCUCAGCCAUGCUGGGAUUGUGUUCAUCAUAUUUUUCCGUAUCUGAAUUUGAAACAUGAAACAAACUGCCCAUGGUAAAUCCAGAGACCUAACACCUUAGCCUUUUGCUUUCCCUCCUUAAAAUUAACCAGAUCUUCACUUCAGACCAGUUAAAAUUUGCAUUGAUUAAUUUUUGAUCAUCCACAGAGAACCCUAUCCCAAACCAAACUUAUUUAAUUUUGUUUAUGACUUAGUCAUAAAAUGUAUUUGUUCCACUUUCCCCCUUCCCUCAGAGAAUAGUGGCUGUCAGAUAUUUCAGUCCCUCUUAGUUGUGCCUGAGCAGCAGCCCUUCUACCUUUUCAUAGCAUUCAUCACUGAAACAGGAUAAGAAAUGCAGACUGUGACUCUUUUUAAAAAGUUGUUGCUGAAAUGGGUUUUAUUUCAGGUAACCAAACUUUUUUAUUGCCACUCUGUUCAUUUUAUUGAAAGGGAAAAGGAAAAGUGUAUGGAUUUGUAACUUGAAACUAGGCCAGACUGUUUUGGCUUUGCCCAACAGACAAAAAUAUGGAUAUUAAACAAGUUUUAAGAAACUGAA